AUGGAAACACACGAUGAAUCCGCGCAUCAAGAGGAAAAUGGCUCUCGCUCAGACUCUGGAAUAGCAGCCCUUGCAGAUGACAGAGAAGUCUUACAAAAUGAAAAACAAGACCGAAACGUCUCUUCAAAUGGAAAGAUCGAGCUCACGGAAUCCGCCGCUUAUGAUGUUCUAGGAUACAGCUAUCCUGUAUGGAGAAAGUGGCAGAUUCUUUGUGUGAUGUUCUGUAUCCAAAUCUCGAUGAAUUUGAACGCAAGUCUUUAUGCCAAUGGUGUCGCAGCAAUAUCCAAGGAGCACAACGUCAGCGAACAAGUGGCAAGAAUCCCGCAACUGACAUUUCUGUGCGCGUACGCAUUUGGCUGUGAGCUUUGGGCCCCAUGGAGUGAAGAGCUUGGGCGAUGGCCAACCCAGCAGCUAAGUCUGCUUCUGGUCAACAUAUGGCAAUUGCCCUGUGCUCUUGCUCCCAAUUUUGCCACAUAUGUUGUAGUUCGCCUUCUUGGAGGCUUGAGCACAGCCGGUGGAUCAGUAACUCUUGGGGUAAUUGCAGACAUGUGGGAGCCAGAUGACCAAGAAUAUGCCGUCGCAUUCCUGGUGUUAUCUUCCGUUGGAGGCUCAGUUGUUGGUGCUGUUGUUGGUGGGUUUGUGGAAGCUCGUCAUCCAUUACCCUGGAUUUUCUGGGUUCAACUCCUCGCUGGAGGGUGCGUCCAAAUCUUUCACUUCUUCCUGGUGCCAGAAACGAGAGCAACCAUCAUUCUCGAUAGGGAAGCAAAAAGAAAACGUAAGGCUGGGCCGGGAGAAGUCAACAUAUGGGGACCACAUGAGAUUCACGGCUUCUCGUUGUCCCUGCGUGAUAUUUGGGCCGUAUGGAAACGGCCAUUUGUCAUGCUCGUCACCGAGCCCAUCGUUUUGUGGCUGUCGCUGUUAAGUGGUUUCAGCGAUUCCUUAAUUUUUACAUUUCUCCAAGGCUUUCAACCAAUUUAUAAGCAAUGGGGCUUUGGCACAAUUCAAAUCAGUCUUGCCUUUUUACCGUUAGUGAUUUUCUCCGUUAUUUUUCAGAUCAAGUCGAGCUCGUUGUACUCGAUCUAUCAGUCUUCCAUUGACUAUACGGUUGCUGCCUAUGGAGAAUAUGCAGCAUCAGCUACAGCAGGAAAUGAUUUUGCUCGCGACUUUCUUGCAGGAAUCGCAGCUAUGUAUUCAACGCCAAUGUUUGAGAACAUUGGGCACAAGCAUCCUUACGCAAACGCUACAACGAUUCUUGCCUGCGUCUCGGUUGUUGUUACCGUGCCAAUUUACUAUUUCUACCGAAAUGGACCUGCAAUCCGCGAGAAAUCGCCUUUCGCAAAACAUAUGAUGGAGAAGAACAAACAGCGUCGACUCUCUCGGAUUACAAAAGGGGAGAAAUCUGAACUUACUGAAAGUCAUGUGGAAGAUGCACUCAACCCGCAUUGA